AAUAAGCUGUGUUAAGGUUAACCGCGCUUUCCAUAUCGCUUUCCAUAUCGAAUAAGUUACUUGUUUUGAUCCAAGACCUUUUUAUUCGAUUGAUAGAACGUCCAAUCAUGACACUUUCUUGACAGUAAUGCUGUGUAGUAUCUAGCAGUGAAUUGACUUUGCAUGGUUCAAAACAUUCUGGCGAGAAUAAUGUUGUGAUUUGUUCCUGGGUCGACGAGGUAUCAAAAUCAACAAAUCAACCCAAGGGCCCGGACCGUACCGUACCUUGAACCAAGCAGAACUAAUUAAGACCCGGCUUACUAGUCUGCAGGCAAGCUUGAAUUCCAUAAGCUAGCCUAAAGCUCAUAUUCUGGAACAAUUGAGGUGGAAAAAUAACAACAUGGCACUCACGGAGCGGGAAACAGCACAAUUGCGAGGGUCACUACAGGAAGCCGUGGUGAAAUGCUCGGAGAGAUGUUUAUAUCAAUCUGCAAAAUGGGCAGCAGAACUCCUAACAUCUAUACCGACAAAUGAUGACUUAGAGCCCGAAGAUUCGCAGAUGACAGAAGUUCCCGCAGAAGGACUGCCUCCAAUUGUCCUUACUGGAAAUCUCGAUCCCGAAGAGGCACAACUCGAGGCGAGAGAGAUCAACAAAUAUUUGUUGGCGAAAUCAUUUUUCGAUUGCCGCGAAUUCGACCGAUGUGCGGCUGUAUUCCUGCCAGAUAGAUUGCUCUCUGGGAUUUUAUCAACGACGGCUGGAAAAGGUAGUCAACACGGGGUGAACACAAGAUCAAAGGGAAAAGAAAAGGCAUCAAGUCGAGUUAGCACAGGCGCAACAUCGGGUCUUCCAAAACUGAGCCAAAAGAGUUUGUUCCUAGCUCUAUACGCAAAGUUCAUGUCCGGUGAGAAGAAGAAAGAUGAAGACAGUGAGAUGGUAAUGGGCCCUCACGAUGGAGGAAAUACAGUAAAUAAACAGUUAGUCACAAUAAUUCGAAUAUUGGAGGCUUGGUUUCAAGAGAGAAAGACUGAAACUGGAGAGCUUGCGGGUAGUCAAGGAUGGCUUGAAUAUCUCUAUGGAAUGGUACUGGCCAAGGAUAAAAAUGAGGAAGAGGCGAUGCGCUGGCUGGUCCGAAGUGUUGAGUUAUUUCCCAUGAAUUGGGGAUGCUGGUUGGAGAUGACUUCUUUAAUUUCGAGAGUUGAGGAUUUGAACCGAAUAUCGCCACAUCUUCCCCAAAACAUUCUCUCGUUCAUAUUCCAUCUUCACACCUCCCUAGAAUUAUACCAGUCGACGCCACAGCUGUCCAAUUCUCUAGAGCAACUUCUUUCUAUAUUCCCAACCAGCCCUUUUCUACUCACAUGCUUAGCUCUUCUAUCCUAUCAUACUAAGGAUUUUGUCACUGCUGAUGCCCACUUCAGUCGCCUUCUUGCACUACAUCCUCAUCGACUAGACUCACUCGAUCACUACUCUAAUAUUCUUUAUGUCAUGAAUCUCAGACCAAAAUUAUCGUUUCUUGCACACCUUUGCUCAAGUGUCGAUAAGUUUCGACCAGAAUCAUGUGUUGUGAUUGGCAAUUACUACUCACUACUAUCAAGCCAUGAGAAGGCUGUACAAUAUUUCAGACGUGCCUUAACACUAGACCGUUCUUGCCUCAGUGCUUGGACGCUCAUGGGUCACGAAUAUGUGGAAUUGAAAAACACCCACGCAGCUAUUGAAUCAUAUCGUCGAGCAGUUGACGUGAAUAGGAGAGAUUACAGAGCCUGGUAUGGACUAGGACAAACAUACGAAGUGCUUGAGAUGCAUGCAUAUGCACUGUGGUAUUAUAAACGUGCAGCAGGACUCCGUCCAUGGGAUGGUAAAAUGUGGAUGGCAGUAGGAUCCUGCUUACAAAAAAUGGGACGCGAUUUGGAGGGUAUAAAAGCAUUGAAGCGUGCAUUGUUAGCGGAUAGCUACUACGAUGCAGGUGUGGGUAGUUCAUUUGGAAGUGGGGGUAGAGAAAGAGGAGGCACUAUGGAUCCGGAAAUCUUACUCCAAAUUGCUGGGAUGUACGAGAGAUUAGAGGAUGAGAAAGAAGCACGAGGAUACAUGGAGUUGUGCAUGGCACAGGAAGAAGGCAAUGAUAAUGUAGAUGCAUCGGCUAUCAACGUUCAUAACGAUUCAGCAUCAUCAGAUGAUGAAGGACGCCAACCAUUGGCACCUACAGGUGAAGGUGGUAAUGGCACAGGAGUCACUGCUGCGACCUCAAAAGCAAGGAUGUGGCUAGCGAAAUAUUCAAUGAGAACGGGUGAUUACAAAAGAGCCAUGCAAUUGGCGACAGAAUUGUGUCAAGAUGGGGUAGAAGUAGAGGACGCAAAAGCUUUAGUUAGAGAGGUCAGAGUCAGACUAGAGGGAUUGGACUCACCCUGAGUAACAAGUCGAAGGCAUUCAUAGGAGUUUUGAGAUACCAAUAAAUAUUGAGUUUAUGUGAAGAAACGGGUACUAUUGGCCAUAUUUGGUGCAAGCUGGUAUAUUGUUUACGUCAUGGUGUUAUGCAAUUUAGUCACGGUGAGGGAAGUUUCGGUCUCCGAAGGGGACCGAAACUAGCCCCGGUGGGCUAUCAAAACACCUAUCUACCGUAUACAGCCUAGAUUAUCUUAGAUACAGAGAACAAUCAGAUCAACUUUCUUC